AAGACAUUGCUUGCAGUUACCAAUCUGCGAUUCGUUUACACCAGUGCUAUAAAAAAAAUAACCAAACGUUGCUACAUUCUUGGACAUUUUUCUUAAAUAAAAGUCAUAGAACCACAACAUGCUCAAUCGCAUAUGGUUUUCCUGUCUCAUUUCACUAGUUGUUGCUGAUCUUCGUGUGCCGAAAAGUAGUGGUGUCAUCGUGAACCCAUUCUACGAUCCGAAGGAUGAUGCGAAUGACAUCAAAAAAACCGAUCCCAACGAAAUCUUACCGCCAACACAUCAACAGCUAGCUGAAACGUUGAAUCUACGGAAUAUCAUAAAUACUGCCGUCCGUAACAAUGCUUAUUUCGUUGGAGGUGAUUCACCGAUGACAUCGCCGAAACCCUUUCAGUGGUUUGCCAAUUUGUUAGGAACAAAGUCUGGUAAAAAUGUUGGCAGCAGUAAUAUCGAUAAAACUGAAGAGUUAGGAAUGGGAACUGUGGCUGAUGCAACGGAUGUGAGUGGUACUGCUAAUGUAUCGAAUAAGGAAGCUGGUGCCAUUCAGAGUAAUGUGAUCGACAGUGUAAUAAUGUCGAGGCUGGAGAGCAAACCGUUUACUAUUUCGCAGAAAAAGGUGCAACGGGAACAGUUGGAGUUGAUCUCCGUCGAAGAAGAUUUAAACUUUGCGUACGGUGAAAAUGUUCGAUCGUGGAUCACAAUCGAAAGCAGGACAAACAAUGUAAACGGACUGAUUGGCAUCAGUAACAGUUCGUUGGUACUCAUUAGAGUAGAUCAGAGCGGAACGUACGAAUUGGUCGAAGAAUUGGAUCUGAAAAUUGGCAUUCGUUGUUUCACAAAUUAUGAGCAUUGGAAUCAAACAUCGAAGUCAGUUCACAGCAUUGUCAUAGUGGAAAUGGAAGGCCAGUUACUAUUUGUAUCGACCAGAAAUGAUUUAAGCGGAUGGGACGUUGUGUGGCAGUGGACCAUUCACACCAAGCUUGAUUCGCUUAUCCAUUUCAAGCAUGAGUCAUCGCAUAUGCUAUUGAUGGUAAACUCUCCGUUUGGACAAAAUUCUGGAGUAUCAGCGGACAUGUACAAAUUUGAUUUACAGUCACGUAACACCUGGCUAGUCCAGAAAAUUCCAUUGAAUCAUCCGUGCAAAAGUGUCGCAAUCAUUAACACUUACCGUGAUCUGAUCUUGUGUUUCGCUCAAAGCAACACCGUCGACCUAUUUAAAAGUGAUCAGCACGCAGAUUCUCAGUCAUUCGAAUACUUCUCGUCUAUCGAAGCGAAUAGUGUGCAACGGAUUUCCGGCUUCCAAAUGGGAGGGUUUUCAUAUCUGGCAACGACCGGACUCGAACCGAAAAUAUUUCGCUAUCAUCGUGGCAGUUUCGUUGCGCAGACCAUAUUGUCACGGUCCUGGGGAUUGGUUGAAGCAUUUUUUCCCAUACCAGCACGCACUUAUCGGGACGAUUUGAUUUUACUCGUUCAACAUCGUAUCAUGAUGGGAACGCAUACGGUGGCAGUGGUGGAAGCUUUGAUUUGGAAUGGUGAAUCGUUCGACGUAUCCCUAUCGGUUCCAUGUCGAAUUGGUAAUGAAAUAUUGGAUUUUGGCAUGACUUGUUUGUUGGAUUAUGAUCGUGAUAGCGGUAUCGAUGGACUGUCGAUCAUUCAGGAUGGAAAUAGUAUUUCCUUGAUUGUGCCAAGGGUUGAAGCUCCUUCGUCGAUGUUCCGGUUAACAUUUCAGUUGAAGUCUUUCGAUAGUCCUAGCUCAACGGUCACUAAAGAUUUCCAGAUAUUUUCCAAGUCUAUUGAAGCGACGACAAACUAUCAGAAUGACAUUAUGUCAAUGGGUGCCGAUGCACUAUCACAUGGACUCAAUGCUGAUCGAAACGAUGUCAGUGCCAUGUGGAAUUUAUCGAUGGUGACUGCGGGUAGUCUGUCUGUCAAUGACGGUGCUACGUGGAAAAUUGCGGAAAAUUUCUUUUUCGGAAAUGAAAAGUGGACCAAAGAUAUGUCUAAUGUGAAUAUUGUCGACUUGUCAAAAAUUGUGCAUGAGCUUCAAAGCGAUGUCGACCGUCUGCAAAACGAAUUCACAGAAACUAAUACCGUUGAACAUACGUCUGACUCACCGAUCCAUGUCGUACAAGUCGCACCGAAUGGCAAAUUUGACAUCAACACUGCACGUGUAAUCAAAGGUGAACGCCGUGUGAAAAGAACUGAAGGUAGCAACGAUGGCCGCAUCUACUUCGAUGAACUUAAUGUGAAGCACGUCCAGGUCGAUUACAUCAAUGACAUUCCAGUCAACGACAUAAUAUUCAUCCACGAUGGAAUUCUGAAUGCUGUCGAUUCGUUGAUUGUGGAGGGCAACCUGGACGUUUUAAAUGAAGUAGAAAUUGCACCAGAUGACAUGGACAGGGUUGGUGAAAGUUUGGAGGAUCAGCGGUCACUGGACAAAUUGAUACCGGCUGACAAUGUGCAGUUGACUGGUGAUUUGAUCGUUGAUUCGAUAAAUGGCGUGAUAUGGCAAGAUUUCUUGCAUCAAAUAGUCAUGAAAAAUUUACCGAAUUUUAUGCCACUUUUAGUAGUGAAUGGGGAUGUUUUGGCAAUGGAACCUAUUGAAGUGGGUUACUUGAAUCAAAUUUCAUUUCUGGAAGAAUUCUUGUGGAUGCGUGGCUUGGACAUUAGCAGUGUUACGGGUCAGAAAAUCUUCAAAGGAACAAUAACCGCUGACUCUGUAGAUACGAGCGGACCCGUUGAUGGAGUGUACACUCAAGAAACUAUAACGUUAGGUGAAACGCAGCAUAUUAGAGGCUUAACCACUUUCACACAAUUGGAAGUGACCGAAAACUUGGACGUGAACGGCACUAUCAACGGCAAACAUUUAGAUGAAUUCAAACCGAAUCUUAGUCUCCAAGAAUCGAAUAUCAUCUUAUCGGACUGCCUAUUUCAAAACCUUCAAGUUCAGGGACCGAUUAUCAUAUCCAACUACUGUAACGGUGUCAUUUUGGACGAUAUCUUUGCGGAUGUUGUGUACAAGUCCAGUCCGAAAGCAACCAUUUCGUCGUUCAAAACGUUUGAGUCCGUGGAAUCGGUGGUUGAGUUAACAUCGAAUUUGAUGAAUAACAUCCCGGUGGACAAUUACAUGACCGCUGAUACAGUACAAGACAUCCACUUUGAUAAGCUUGUUGGCAACGUGAUGUUUCGAGAGCUGUACACCAAUGGGCUGUUCGGCUUCAUCAAUGUCACCGAACUCGACCGUAAUUCGAUAAAAUUGACAGGCGAGCAAUAUACAGAGGCCGAGCUAAUAUUCGACGGUGCGGAUGAAAUCAAUUUUGUCGCUGAGGUCGUUGAAAUCCAAAGUUCCUUCAAUGGGCUGUCCACGAACGAUAUGAUCGUAGUAGAUGAAUCUUUGGUAAUCGAUGGGAAUUUCAUCGUCAACUCAGCGAUCAUAAAUGAUGCUGUAAUUGACGGUGACGUUAACGGCAACGGGGUGAUCAAUGGAUUAAGCCUAGCUGAAUUCGAUGCAGUUCGAUUGAGCAGAAGUCGAGCUCAGGAUAUUACGUCGUCGUACUUCAUCGAAAAUGUGUUAAUCGAGGGUGACAUCGUUGCUGAAUACGUAAAUGGCGUCAACAUAAUGGACUUGACGAAGCACAUAAGCCACGUCACAAAUUUACUGGAAUUUUUGUCGUCCACUGAUGUCAAAGUGACGAAUUUGAUUGUCGAUGGCAAUGUAUCGGUUCAGACAAUAAACGGGCACGAUUUCAAUUCGAUCAAAGACAAUGCCAUUUGGUUGAAUCGACCGAAUAUUGUCGUUGGAGAACUGCAAUUUCUGGAUGCAUUUGAAAUUAGCCAAGGCAUCAUCGUCAACAAUGUGAACAACGAAAUUUUCCAGAAUUUCAUCGAUGGCCUUGUCGUCAAAACGGAUGAGAAUAUCGAAUUCGUCGGUAGAAAAGUAUUCCAAAAUGAAUUUCAUGUCGACCAGGACAUUCAAAUUGCCACGGUGAAUGGAAUUCCAAUCGAACGAAUUUGGACGAAAAGUCCCACGGCUUCGUUUACCGGUUCGGUUAAUAUUUUCGGAGAUCUAUUCGUUGAGCAUAUGAAUCUUCAAGGCUAUGCGAAUUCGGUUAAUUGGCGUAAUAUCGAGUACAACUAUCAAUUCGACGCUGAACGAGGUAGCCACAUAUUAAAGAACAACGUUCGCUUUACCGCUCCAACAAACAUAAACCAUCUACACAUCCAACACGGUCUGAAUGCUGUGGAAAACAUAACCGAUUUUCUAGCGCUUGUCAUUCGAAAAAAUCAUGCCGGACCCGUAACCGGUACGAAGUUGUUCCAAAAUUCCGUAAUUUUCAUGAACCAUCUGCAAGCGGCCGCAUUCGAUACGGUGGACAUUCCUUUACUGUUCGAAAAUUUGGUCAUAAACGAUGUAAACGAGAGAGCCGUUAUCUUUGGUGAUGUUGCGUUCGACAAUGACGUGACCGCUUCACAUAUACAGGCUUCCGGUAGUAUUCUAUCUCACACACUGAUGGAAUGCAAAAUAGCUGAAUGGAAAGAAAAUGCGCUCAGCACCAAUGAACCAGUGAAAGUCUUUCAGCAGCUCAUCUUUCCAGCUGAAACAUUGCGAACGAAUAAUGUUGAGGUUCAAUUUGUGAACGGCAAUCCAAUGGCAACGAUUUUCACACUGAACUCGGAUCAGACUUUCGAGAACUCCGUACAGUCCGAUACGGUUUCGUUGAGCAAAAUCAACGUCGAUGGUUUGGUGAAUGGUUACGAUAUGAAAACGUUGCGUGACAAUUCGGUGUUGGUAACUGGUGACAAUUACAUCACAGCCCCGACAACCCUACAAACUGCUCGUGUACUCAGCGUGCUUCAAACUGUGGACACAAUCAAUGGAAAAAAUCUGAACAACAUUGCCACGCUACACGAAGAUCUGCGUAUUUAUGGUCCAUUAUCGUUCCGAUCGAUAACCGCUAGAAACCUCAACACCAAAGACACAAUAUCCGGCAUCGAUUUCGAUUACUGGUAUGCGAAUGCAUUAUGGAAAUCUCAGCGUGAGAAUCAGAUAGUUCGAGGAAAGUGGACCGUCACAGAGGGAAUAAUCCGUGGACCAGUUACAGGUGCCGGAAUAUUAAAUGGAAUCCGGAUUGAUCAACUGGCUGGUCAAAUAGGUGCUUACCAGUCGAAUGUAUUGAAUAAUUUCGAGAUCUUUCGUCAAGGCUACAUUGAAAACUGUCACAAAAUGGAAAAUUUAAUCCACCAAACGCGCACGCUUCCAUAUUUCUUAACGUAUUUCGAGGAAUCGUUUUCGUUGCGAGUGCAUUCGGUAUUGAAUUCGGUGCACUUUUUCGUAGCCAACGAUCAGAGCUACGCCGUCAUAAAUCUAGCAUGUCUAACCGUUUUGUACGCUUGGAACAGGAAUACGGAAAAUUAUGAAAAAAUCUUCGAAACCGAAACUGGAAAUGUCGACGCCUGGUUGGAUAUGACCGAUGAAACGAAUUUGCUGCACUUGAUUAGCAACACCGAAACCGAUUAUUCAAACUGUCCAACAUCAGGAUUAAAUAUCUGGAAAUUUGACGGCACUUCCUUAUUACAUGUGUCCAAAAUAGCCGACUCGAGCAAGUUUGCUCUGUUGCACAGUAGCAAACUCCAUCCUCAACGGUUUCUAGCGAUGACCAAAGAUGCUGGUGUCGUCAACGAAUUUGAUUUACAAAGUAAUUUGGUCGAACAAUGGCAUCUACCCGUGGGAGACCAACCUUUCCGUUUUCUGCCUGAAAAUGCCAAUCUUGGCAUCGCAUUGAGUGAUGGUAAACAACUUUCCAGUUUAUCGUAUGCAACAGCCACCGACCAUCGAAAGCAAAGAUCAACUCGUCCAUUAAACGAUGCAGUGGAGUUGAAACGAUUUGUGCGCUGUCCAUUCUUGGAUGAAACAGUGGAGAAUGCCACGGCUAAGUGUAAAUUGUGGCACCAAGCAACCUUGAAGGCUCUCGUUAAUAUUGGUCCGUACAAACAAGUGGACGUCGCUACUCAAAAUCGACUGUUGAGUGAUGUUAAUAUGACUAAUACACUACUCGGUAAAUCGCCGUUCAAACUUAAAGCCAUCCCUCCUGAAAAUGGUCAACUGCAGUAUCCCAAAUUUGUACAGUCAUUCACUAAAAACGGCCAAUCGUCCACUGGAUAUCUGCAGCAGAUGCUCAUGACACAGAAAAGUCAACCCAGAAACGAGAACGAGAACUCUACAGCCGAUAGUGGACCACUUCAAAAUCCUAAAAUCGUACAGUCAUCCGCUGAAAGCGUUAAAUCUUCGAACAGUAAUGCCGAUCAAUUGCUAGCAAUUAAAAUGAAUCGACCUGGAAACGAAAACGAGCCAUUCCAAAAUGGUAAAGUCGUGCAGAUGUCAACUCAAAAUCAGGAGUCCGCGAACAGUGAUAGGCCACCAUUACUGCCAGCCGCGAACAGUAACUCAGUAAACGAUAACAAACCAUUGAAUUCGUCCGCACGGGAUGCAUUUGGCGACAUUGAAAAGGUUACCAUCGAAAUAGCGGACCAGUUAAUCGACUCUCUAAUCGACGUUGAAACAGCAGCCGAAGAUAUUGAUUUCGACGAUAGCUUGGUCGGUAUGUCGUUGAAGAAUGGAAGUGAAACCGAAUCGGAUGCGAUAUUGACUCACACAAAUACCAGUGAGCCGUCAUCGACGAGAGAUAUGUUUGGCGACAUCGAAGCGAAAACCAUCAAAUUAGCUGACAAGGUUAUUGAUGCUGUUGUGAACUUCAAAGACACUGCAAAGAAGAGUCAGGCGAAAUUCCAUCAUAUGUUCAAAGUGAAACCUUUGAUAGGCGGUGAUCAUUACAGAAAAAUGGGAAAUUAUUCAGGUGGCCAGGAAAACACAAAUUUACCAAAAAUUCCACAAGUUUUCUAUGCAACAAAUGGAACGGGUUUGCAUGCCCCACAAUCCCCUAUUUUGAAUGAAACCGACGGAACAGCCACUAAUUUGGUCACAGAUACGACUAGUGCACCUACGGAAAAGCUAAUAGAUCCCGCAGCUGUCAAUGAAGAGCAAUUCAGUCAAGAGAAUGUUGGCGAAGAAGAAGCACAAAUUUCGAAAGAAAUUUCCAGUGAAGGCAUUGCAACCGCUGAAAACCUAAAUUUCCCGAACCAUCCAGCUGAAGAAAUUGUAGCAAUUACUGUGGGCGAAAAUGCAAAGCACUUGGUCGCCGUGUCUUCGUUGAGAGAACAUACCAUCCAAGGGAAACACGAUUUGAUUCGGAUCUACGAAGACAUCAUCGAAGGCAAUCUAUUCCAGACGUUAGUCUGCCAUCGCCCGAAAAGUUUGACCGUCUUAAACGUACGAGAUGACACCAUUUUAGCUUUCGUUGAAAAUGAUGCCGAAGUUCAGAUUUUUGUGUACCGUGGCAUUCAAGGAUUUGUCAAGUUUACCAGUUUCGAAUUGCCUUCCGUCAUCUCAAAGCUUACGGCAAUUCAAUUACCGGUCGGUAAUCCGUUUGAAUGUAACAGAUCCUUUUUGGUGGCUACGAUGAAGAAGGAGAUUCGUUUCAUCGAAGCGAAAGCAUGUGGCUAUUGUGGUGUUAAUGUUGAGUUGACUUGUGAAAUGAAAUGAGUUCGAAAAAUCAGGGAAAAAAAUUCUUUUGCAAAAAGAAGAUUCGUUGUUCUAAAUAUGAAAGUUUGUCGAUGAUUAAAUUGUAUUUUACAAUCAG